UCCCAAAGAUAAAAGGAGGUAACUUUUAAAAAUGAUUAGAAGAAUACCCUGUUAAAACGGAUUCUAAUCUCACCAUUAAAGAAAAUUCUAUUAAAUAUUUUUAAUAUUUUAUUCUAUACUUUCCACAAAAUGACAGUCUUAUUUUUAUGGUAACUUUGUUUUUUGGGAGAUUCUUUCUUGAAAUGGUCGGAAAGUAAACCUAAUUUUGAAUUAUUUAAUUACGUUAUUCUGAGAUGGUAAAACUAGGCUAUGUAAAAAUAAUUAAAGCAAAAAGUAAAAAAAAAAAUAGUUAAAAUCUUUAAUUUAUAUAAGCUAACACAUAAUGUUUAUGGAAACUGCUGGUCAUAAACUUUGUAUAUUUCUUUGAAUGUUUUAUAAUGGCAUUUUUCUCAACUUUUUACUGUUGAGUAGUUUGUAUUUUGAAGUUAAAAAGAAAGUUUUCCAACAAUGACUCCUUCCGUUUCUGAAAAAGUGAAACGGCUCCACGGCGGCUAUUGUUGCAGACAUGCUGAAAAAUAAGGUUAUUGUUUGUGUGUUCGCAGUGUUUGCACUCAUCGUUCACGGCAAGUCUGAUGGCACAGAUGAAGUGUCAGUGUCUGUGAUAGAGGGAGAUUCAGUCACUUUAUACACUAAUAUUACAAGAAACAAACAAGACAGAAUUAAAUGGUAUUUCAAUAACAGUCGCAUCACUCACAUUGAUGAAAAUCAGACUAAUAUCUGUACAGAUGAAUGGUGUAAAGAGAUAUUCAGAGACAAACUGAAAGUGGACAAUCGCACAGGAGAUCUCACCAUCACAAACAUCAGAAACACAAAUUCUGGAGUUUAUCAGCUGAAGUUCAGCAGAAGAAGUGGAAAUAUCUUCAGUGUUUCUGUUAGUGGUGUUUCUGCUGCUGAAGGAGAUCAAGUGACUUUCUCAGUGAAGAAGGGAGAAUCUGUCACUUUAGAGACUCCUGUAGGAAAAAAACCAUUUGAUGUGAUGACGUGGUAUUUUAAUGACAUUCUCAUGGCUGAAAUCAGUGGAGAUCAGAGUAAGAUCUGUACAGAUGAUCAGUGUAAAGAGAGAUUCAGAGACAGACUGAAGGUGAAUCAGACUGGAUCUCUGACCAUCAUGGACACCAGAAACACAGACUCUGGAGAAUAUAAAGUAGAGAUCACCAUCAGCAACAGCUUCAGCAUCAUUAGGAGCUUCAGUGUUACUGUCACUGGUCUGUCUCCAGCUGCUGUAGCAGGAAUAAGUUUUGCUGCAGUUUUUGGUGCUCUGCUGGUGGGUGCAGCUGCUGCUGGUGGGAUAUACUAUCACUACAAGAGCUCCAGAAAUGUAGACAAGGACAACAAUAUGCACAGAGUUCCAUAUGAAGUCCUAGAAAAUGAUGGAUAAAAACAUAAUGAUUGGAGAGGAUUCCAAUAUCGACGUGAAUGUACCACAACAUUAUUUCCAUUGAAGUGAAUAGGCAAACCAUAUUUUUACUUUUAUAAGUCUUUUAAAGUCUCAAAUGGCUUGUUUUUAUGCUCCAACUUGAUGAAUUCCAUUGCAGGUCACAUGAUAGAGCACUUACCCAUUAUGGAAAUAGUAAAUCAUCCAUUACUGGAAGCAUAGAUAAUGUGAUCAUCUAUGGCUCUGUUUCCACCUGGUACUGGGUUUUGUUCAGUCGGAUCACAAGCAGACAAGGGAGACACAUUCCCGUUUAGACCCCAUCUCUUUUGUCCACUUUCAACCACUUCUGUCCUGAUUUCUUCGAGGGGAGGGUUUAUAGGUGGGUAAAUGUAAGGGUCUUUCGAUCUAAUGGACAAAAUAAGCUCGUGCAAUUUACAUAUGAACACACAGAAAAACAUACAGAGAGCAGCAGCUUUUGUUUCUGCUCUGAGAGUUGUAAGACUGGCCGAACGCUGUGAGUGUGUGUUAGAAAUCAGGAAUGGUGAGAGAACGUUGUGCUGGGUACAUUUUUCAUCUUCAAACCAAACUUGAGCUUUCAGCUGACAAAUUUUAAAUCCCGUCUGGCUAGCGCGCUUCCCAUAAUGUUUACACAUUAAGUCAGUAGGCGGAGAGUAGACGGUCUUUUGUGGCUGUUCGAAACAUCAUUCGACCACAUGAGCAUUUACACUAUGAAAGCAAUCCAGUCAAAUGCGUUUUCAACUACCUCUGGAAGUGGUCGAAAGUGACAAGCUCAAAAUGUUUUAGACGUGUCCACCUGUGAUCCGAUUGACCAAAACGCUUCUUAAUGCCAGGUGGAAACAGGGUCUAUGUGUCCUAAAUUAUGUGUUUUAAUGAUUUGAUAGUUGCAGCGUAUAAACCUGGAGUGCAUUUAUUCUUUUAGCAUGUGCAUUGAUACAAAGUGACAAAUAAGGACCAUCACAAGCAAUUUAUCGUAGUUAUUGUUUGCCUUCUGCUGUUUCAUUUUUUUCUACUUUAUAUUUACGUCACAAAUAAUCUACUUGUAGCAUUCAACCUUCUUGCUAAUCUUUUGCAACACUGCUUUGCAAUUAUUAGGAAGAUGAACUCAGUAUUCAAUGGUGUAUAAACCUUUAAGACUGACCAGCCAUGAGCUCUCAGGUUAUUAGUCAAUGCUUCUAUUGAAGCCACUUUAAUUAUCAGUAACAAAAUGUAUUUUACUAACACAAUCACUGUGAAUUACUACACUACCCAUGUUAUAUUGAUAUUUUCCACUCACAAUGCAUCAUGGGCUUCAUUUUCUUUUAAAAGGCAAGCACCAAGUCUUAUACCUUUGCUUCUGUGUUUACGUCAGAACGGCGGCUCAUUAUUGGCCGGCUUCUGCGUCAGCAUUACACGCAUACGUCGUGCUGCUCACAUGUACUAAUGUAAUUAAUGACAGAAUUUUCAUUUUUGGGUGAAGCUGACAAAUAUAUAAAUACAUAAAUAAAUAUACAAAGACAUGUAAACAAAUAAAUAAAUAAGUGUUAAUACUUUUAUUCA